AUGAAACCACCGCGGCAUAAAGUCGCGGUAAUCGGCCUAGGUGCUGGGGGGAUCGUGGCGGUCAAGAACUUGCUCGAAGAAGGUUUCGAUGUGGUGGGAUUUGAACGUAGUAGUUAUAUCGGCGGCUUGUGGCACUUUAAUGAAGAUGAGAAUACCUUGAGCGUUUUGGAAUCAACUACGACCAAUAUUUCAAUAGAUCGCGGGACAUUUACCGAUUUUCCUUUUCCAGCUGGUACCCCAAUACACUGUGCUGCUAAACUGGUAGAGGAUUAUCUGGAAGCCUAUGCGAGCCAUUUUAACCUCAGACCCCAUUUUCGCCUUUCCACUACCGUUAGAUCGGUAUCUCGGGAGGAUGAAGGUGAAGGCAGAUGGAGAUUAGAUUUCGAAGGACGGCCUAGCGAAUGGUUUGAUAAAGUUGUUGUGGCCACCGGUCCUCAUAUUAAACCUGUAAUACCUGAGUUUGAAGGAGCUGAUCUCUUUACUGGCCGACUCAUUCAUUCAAAGAGUUUCAAGAAACCAGAAGCAUUUGAUGGGCAAAAGGUGGUUGUAGUUGGGCUUGGGAACAGUGGAGGUGACAUUGUCGACGCGCUUAUCGGCCAUGCCUCGCAUAUUUCAUUGUCACAUAACGGUGGCGCUGUCAUUAUGCCUAGUCUCGUCAAUGGUGUGUCGGUUGCAGACAGUAUCUCAUACAGGUCCCUCUACCUGGGGGGUCUCGUCAGUGCUCUGUUUCCAAAACAAUCCGAGAGGCUAUUCGACGAAGCCGUUCAUAGCAUCUCGAGAGACGCGUUUGGAGAACUCGAUCCAUCUUGGGGGCUUGACCCAACUCGUUCGCUUAAGACGGCCAACGUGGUGCUUUCUGAUACCCUUAUUGCCAAUUUUCGAUCCAAGGCCGUGAAGCCGAUUGUAGGCAUCCGGCGGUUUAUUGGCGGACGAAAGAUGGAGCUGACCUCUGGAGAGGUUAUCGAAGCUGAUGCAGUCAUCUGCUGUACGGGAUAUAACAAUGAUUUCAGCCUCUUGGAGAAAGAAUUCGACCCGGCCUCCAAUCCCUCGCCCAGCUGGGUAAACGCCCCGGGCUCAAAGAACAGGCCAUGCCCGCGGCUAUACCAAAAUGUCUUCUCUCUCAAAGCACCAGACUCUCUGGCUUUUCUGAGCUGCGUCUUCCUCCUUCACGGCGCAUUUUGCCUCGUUGACAUUGCCAGCAUGUGCAUCGCUCAAGUCUGGUCAGGCAGAGCCUCGUUGCCGCCAGCGCCAGAGAUGCAACGCUGGAUGGAUCGGCACGAGAAGAUGCUGUGCAGGGCUGCGCAGACAGGGCCGGUUCUUCCUGCGUCAGUGCCUGCGGGCGAUUGGUUGACAUGGGCGGAUAAAACAGCAGGCAUGGGUGCGGCAGAGCAUCUGGGCUGGGGUUGGAAAGGCUGGCGCUUUUGGUGGCGGGAAAGGGGGCUGUGGAGGUUGGUCAUGGAUGGCCCUUCGACGGCUGCUUUUUGGCGACUGUUUCCUGGAAGGAGGAAAUGCUGGGACGGUGCGAGGGCGGAGAUAAUAAGGAUCAAUGAAGAGGCUGAAAGAAAGCGAGCGCAGAGUAGCUGGAGGAUGGGGGAAGCUCAAGCGCCCUCAGAAGUGGCUGAUUUUGGCCUGUUCAACAAGCAGCAUUAG